CGAGAUCUUUCCCGUACCGAGCUGGCUGUAGCGGCCGUUGGGAACCAGCGCACGCAGCACGAUGGAGUACAUGACGGAAGCCACCGACCGCACCCCCGGACACAUCUUGUGCUGCGAAUGUGGUGUUGUAAUUAGUCCAAAUCCUGCCAAUAUUUGUGUGGCCUGUUUGCGAAGUAAAGUCGACAUCAGCCAAGGCAUUCCAAAGCAGGUCUCUAUAUCUUUCUGCAAACAAUGUCAAAGAUAUUUCCAGCCACCAGGAACUUGGAUACAAUGUGCACUAGAAUCCAGGGAACUUCUUGCUUUGUGUUUGAAAAAAAUCAAAGCCCCUCUGAGUAAGGUCCGGCUUGUAGAUGCAGGCUUUGUUUGGACUGAGCCCCAUUCUAAGAGACUUAAAGUGAAACUAACUAUUCAGAAAGAGGUGAUGAAUGGUGCUAUCCUUCAGCAAGUGUUCGUGGUGGAUUAUGUUGUUCAGCCUCAGAUGUGUGGAGAUUGCCAUAGAGUAGAAGCUAAGGAUUUCUGGAAGGCUGUGGUUCAAGUUAGGCAAAAGACUUUGCACAAAAAAACUUUCUACUAUCUGGAACAGUUAAUUUUGAAAUAUGGAAUGCAUCAGAAUACACUUCGUAUCAAAGAGAUUCAUGAUGGACUGGAUUUCUAUUAUUCUUCAAAGCAGCAUGCUCAGAAGAUGGUGGAAUUUCUUCAGUGUACAGUCCCCUGCAGGUACAAAGCCUCACAGAGACUGAUCUCUCAGGAUAUCCACAGUAAUACAUGCAAUUACAAAAGCACUUAUUCUGUGGACAUUGUUCCAAUAUGCAAGGAUAAUGUUGUCUGUCUGUCUCCAAAACUGGCACAAAGCCUGGGAAAUAUGAACCAGAUUUGUGUGUGUAUUCGCGUAACCAGCGCCAUCCAUCUCAUAGAUCCAAAUACUCUACAAGUUGCAGAUAUUGAUGGGAGCACUUUCUGGAGUCACCCUUUCAAUAGUUUAUGCCAUCCCAAACAGCUGGAGGAGUUUAUUGUGAUGGAAUGCAGCAUAGUCCGAGAUCUAAAACGCAAAGCAGGUGCUGGGAUGAUAUCAAAAAAGCAUACCCUUGGGGAAGUCUGGGUACAGAAAACAUCUGAAAUGAAUACAGAUAAACAGUAUUUUUGUCGCACUCAUUUGGGACAUCUUCUGAAUCCUGGAGACCUGGUUUUGGGGUUUGAUUUGGCAAACUGUAACUUAAAUGAUGAGCAUGUCAACAAAAUGAACUCAGAUAGAGUCCCAGAUGUGGUAUUAAUCAAGAAGAGCUAUGAUCGUACCAAACGUCAGCGUCGUAGAAACUGGAAACUGAAAGAGCUUGCAAGGGAUAGAGAAAACAUGGAUACAGAUGAUGAAAGGCAAUACCAAGAUUUCCUUGAAGAUCUUGAAGAAGAUGAGGCAAUUAGAAAAAAUGUAAACAUUUACAGAGAUUCAACUAUUGCUGUGGAAGGUGACACGGAUGAUGAAGGAGCACCUCGAAUUAGUCUGGCUGAGAUGCUUGAAGACCUUCACAUUUCUCAAGAUGCUACUGGUGAAGAAGGUGAAUCGAUGAUGACAUAAUGAGAUCAUGUUGUAGAUGUUUUGUGCAUCUGUAGGCUAGCAUGUUGGACAAAGUAACCUUUUCUAUUUAUCUAUACUACCAUAUUUAGAGAGGAGAAAUUUAGUUUUAAACCUGAAUAAAUAUGAUUAUUUUGAUUGCCCACUUAAAGCACUGAAAAAGAUUGAUGGCUUUGAAAUUUUAGAUAACAAAAGAUAAUGGAGAAUAUUCUUACUGAUAUUUAGGCCAUUUUACAUGUAGGAUUUUAUUGGUUUGCUUUCUAUCUUAGACACAAGUAUUUUCACAUAACAUUAGAGCUGGAUUUAAAAGCUUAAAAAUUGUGAUUCAUUGGAGGUUACCUAAAUCUGCACGCACAAAACAAGCUUUUACAUUCUUUUUAUAUUGAUUGCUUCAGUAAAAGAGCAUAUGA